GAACCUUGGAAUAAAGUGCUUUCUCUCAUUCUUGUGUCUUCUCUCUGGAGUUCAAGUCGCUGUGUAGUUCUAGACUGCGGGUUAUCGAAAUAGCUUAGGAACCGUAUAUAGCGUUCAACCUACACGACUUAUCAGUGGCGACGGAGAUGAAAACUUCAAUGAAUAUUUCCUUGAAGCAAUUAGAAGCUUAUAUGGUGCGUCAAGAGAAGAGGUUUGAAGAGUCCCAAAUUAGAAUCAUGGAAACCCUGAUGCAGAAAUUCUGCCUGUCCGAGAAAAACCCUGCUUCUAGUGAAUCUCAAGUAUCACAUACUGAUUCAGUCAUUAACGCCAUCCAUGACUUUAAUUUUGAUGGUGUAGCAGGUGUAACUUUCGAGUCGUGGUUUAAGAAGUAUGAAGAUUUGUUUUAUAUUGAUCUUUGCAAACUGGAUGAUGCUUCAAAAGUCAGAAUACUUCUUAGAAAACUUGGCACUAUGGAACAUGAACGCUAUAGCAACUUCAUUCUUCCGAAGAACCCACGAGAUUUUAGUUUUGAUGAUACAGUCAAAACCCUAUCCCAAAUAUUCGGAGAACAAUCAUCUCUAUUUAAUAUCCGUUACCAAUGCUUAAAGUUAACAAAAGAACCAGGAGAUGAUUGGGUAAAGCAUGCAGGAACGGUGAACCGAGAAUGUGAGAGGUUUAGAUUGGCGUCCAUGUCUGAAGAUCAGUUUAAAUGCUUAGUGUUUAUCUGCAGCCUGCGUUCACCUGAAGAUGCUGAUAUCCGAACCAGACUCCUAAGCAAACUCGAACACUGCCCUAAUAUGACCCUGCAAGAAGUGACUACUGAGUGCCAAAGGUUAGUAAACUUAAAGCAUGAUACCUCAAUGAUAGAAAACGGUAACUCUUUCCGUAACGUCAAUGCAGUUAAGAGAAAAGUCUUUCAAGGUUCCAGUACCCAUAAUUUCCAAAAUAACAGCGACAAACCACCAUCUCCAUGCUGGGCAUGUGGAGGUUGGCACUAUAAGAGUUUUUGCCCAUAUAAAGAACAUCGUUGCAGCAAAUGUCAUCGGAAGGGGCAUAAAGAAAACUUCUGCAGGAGAAGAGACUAUAGAAAACGUUCCGUGAAGUCUUACUCAAAGAAACACAGAUAUAGUGCUCCAACCAACAAGAUAUUGGUAUCACAUAACAGAGCACGAAGUUGCCACCAAAGAAAGUAUGUGACCUUGAAUAUUAAUAAACACCGUGCCCGUCUUCAGCUGGACACAGCUUCUGAUAUUACUUUAAUCAGCCCAGAAACGUGGAAGAACAUUGGGAGACCCACAGUUUUCCCAACAACACAGCUGGCACACAGUGCAUCUGGGGGGAAGCUGAAUAUUGUUGGAGAAAUACCAUGCACUGUUUCUAAAGGUACGGUAACAACAAAUGCAACAUUGUAUCUUACUAAGAAGCCAGCACUAGACUUAAUGGGGUUGGACCUUAUAGAAACACUUAAACUAGCAGAUCAUUCUAUCAACAGUAUCUGCAGACGAGUAAGUACAGACAACACCCCAGAAUGGAAUCAGAAAAACGCCAUGCUACAAAGACAUCAAAGCGUGUUUAGAGAAGGAUUGGGAGAAUGUACGAAAGUCAAAGCACUGUUAACUCUAAAACCUGAAGCUGCUCCCGUUUUUCGACCUAAAAGACCUGUACCCUAUGCUGCUCUUCCAAUAGUUGAACAAGAAUUACAACGACUUCAACAAAUGGGUGUUAUCGAGCCUGUGAACUUCUCGAAUUGGGCUGCACCAAUAGUGGUGGUCAAGAAGUCGAAUGGAAGUGUUCGUUUAUGUGCAGACUACUCCACGGGAUUAAAUGAGGCGCUACAGUCUCACCAGUAUCCGUUACCCUUACCAGAAGAUCUUUUCGCUAAGCUGAACGGUGGCAGAUAUUUUGCAAAAUUGGACUUAUCAGACGCAUACCUACAAAUUCCUGUAUCUGAUGAAAGCAAAGAUCUCUUAACGAUCAACACGCACAAAGGUCUGUUCCGGUAUAACCGACUACCUUUUGGGGUAAAGACAGCGCCCUCUAUUUUCCAGCAAAUUAUGGAUACCAUGUUACAAGGUAUUCCAGGAGCUGCAGCUUACCUAGACGACAUCAUAAUUACGGCAGUAGAUAAAAUGGAUCUGCAGAAGAAACUGGACCAGGUAUUAGAACGCAUAGCUGAUUAUGGUUUUCGCCUCCGGGCGGAAAAGUGUGACUUCUAUAUGCAGCAAGUACGGUACCUUGGGUUCAUAAUAGAUAAAGACGGAAGACGUCCAGAUCCAGAGAACAUUGAAGCAGUGAACACAAUGCCUAGACCCAGGGACGUUACUACCCUACGAUCAUUCUUGGGAUUGGUCAGUCAUUACGGUACCUUUCUCCCCGAUCUCCAUCGUCUACGUGCUCCACUAAACAACCUACUACAAAAGAACACAAGAUGGAAUUGGUCUGCAGACUGCCAAGCAUCUUUUGAGAAAAUCAAGCAACUCCUAACUUCCGAUCUCUUAUUGACACAUUAUGAUCCUUCUCUACCGAUAGUCGUCGCUUCAGAUGCUUCUAACUAUGGUGUGGGCGCAGUUAUCUCUCACAUUUUUCCUGAUGGGUCUGAAAAAGCUAUCUCACACGCUGCCAGAUCUCUGACAACGACCGAAAGGAACUAUAGCCAAAUCGAGAAAGAAGCCCUAUCAAUUAUCUUUGCAGUGAAAAAGUUCCACAAGAUGAUAUAUGGUCGACAUUUUACCCUAAUAACAGACCACAAACCACUACUUGCAGUUUUUGGGUCAAAGAAAGGAAUUCCUGUUCAUACAGCUAACAGACUACAACGAUGGGCAACCACACUUCUGGGUUACGACUUCAAGAUUAAGUAUCAGUCUACUACCACUUUCGGGCAAGCUGACGCAUUGUCGAGAUUAAUAGGCUCUCAAUCGAAAACCCCGGAGGAGACUCUUGUAGCAAAUAUAAAAGCCGAGGAAGAAGUUCAUCGCGUGUUGGAUGACGCAGUUAAUGGACUCCCAGUAACCUUUGAAACUAUCAAGAAGAUAACUGAAAGUGAUAAGAUACUGAGCUCAGUUAAAUGCUAUCUCUUGACCAAAUGGCCAAACAAUCGCCUUGACGGAGAACUUUUGCAAUAUUUCCGUCGACGGGACUCUCUAAUGGUUGUUGACUCCUGUAUUAUGUUCGGUGAUCGCAUUGUUAUUCCGAAGUUAUUACGUCACAAGGUUCUCAAGCAGUUUCACAGUGGCCAUCCUGGAAUCAGUAAAAUGAAAUCUUUGGCUCGUAGCUAUGCUUAUUGGCCGUCAAUGGACAAAGACAUCGAAAAUAAAUGCCGUAACUGUUCAUCAUGUAUUCAAGCCGCUAAAAAUCCUUCGAAAUGCGAACCUCAGUGUUGGCCUAUGCCCGCGGGACCCUGGGUAAGACUUCACGCAGAUUUUGCCGGUCCAAUCCAAGGGAAAAUGUUUCUAAUUAUCGUAGAUGCAUUCACUAAAUGGCCGGAAGUAUACAUCAUGCCAAAUUGUACAACGUCAGAAACGAUCCGCAAGUUGUCUACCCUAUUUAGCAGUUUCGGAGUACCAGAGACCUUAGUGACGGAUAACGGCUCUCAGUUUGCCGCAGAAUCGUUUAAACAUUUCUGUAGAACAAACGGAAUAAAUCAUCUUCGUUCUCCACCCUAUCAUCCACAAUCAAACGGACAAGCAGAGCGCUUUGUGGACACUUUUAAAUGAGCAUUACUGAAAGGGGGAGGAGAAGGGACGACUGAGCAAGUGAUCACAAAAUUUCUAACAUCAUACAGAUCCACCCCAAACCCAAAUGUUCAAGACGGCAAAUCUCCCGCGGAAGCUAUGUUUGGAAGGCGUAUUCGAACAGUCUUUGAUGCCAUGUUGCCAUCCAAACUAGUGGAUGAGCGUAGUCGCGACCCAAGUAUCCGGAACUUCAGUAUUGGCGACAAAGUCUACAUUAAAUCCUACAUCGGGAAGAACCGAUGGGAGCCGGGCGAAGUGGUGCAAAAACUGGGAAGAGUACUGUACAAAGUUCGAGGAGCCUUUGGGACAUGUAUACGUCACACAAACCAAAUCCUUAAGGACAAAAGAACGGUGCAGACUGGAAGUAACCGGCCGACUUUCCCGUUAGAUUUAAUCUUAGACGCACCAAUGCCACAAACGCCCAGGAACACUGAAAAGUCUUGGACAAGAAAGACGACAAGAAUAAUGGGACGCCGACGCAAUCCAGUUAUCAAACUACAAGUGGAUCCCAGAAAGAAAUCUUAUUCGGGGGAGGUGUUGGGUCGGCUUCCGGAGAACUUCAACGGAGCCUCCAGAGGCCCACAAGGAGCCGAAGAGUCCUGGCCAAUCAGAGUGUGAUGGAACGUUCUAGAAUUCCAACGUGGCGUGCUACUAUUGGUCGGUAGCAUAAUGUGUUGUUAUCGGAUUGGCUGUAAAAUGAUGUUGAUUUAACAGAUCCCAAAAUCUAUAAAUACCCAUGAUUUUCUGUACAAAAAUGAACCUUGGAAUAAAGUGCUUUCUCUC